CGCAAAGUUAUAAUCACGGCAGCACAGCAGCGGCAGCGGCAGCCACUACAGCAGUAAUGGCCGCGUUCCGCAGAGUGGCAGCGCUGGCCGGUAAGCUGAACCUCUUGUCGGCAGCGAGAAACGAGCUCGUUGGUGGUCAAACGGCCAGGGGAGGAAGAACACGGAGGUGUCUGGCUGUCGGGAUGUGUCUUGCAACGGGAGGCGCCGUGGCGCUCUACUUCUACAACGAUAUGACGGUCGGCAGAGGCAGGAAGAGGAUGGGGAGUCACAGCAUCAGCGGUUUGCUACCGUCCAUCCCGACCGUUGAAGCCAAGGAGAAGGCCCGUCUGUUUGAUUUUGAGGAUGGAGACGUGUACAUGUCGUCCCAUGAGCAUCGCUUCCGCAUGUUUAGCUCUGUAGAGUAUGAUGGGCAGCUGUACAUGACUCCACAGAACUUCAUCGAGUCGGUCACCAUGAACGAACCUCGAAUCAAGAGGCCCUGGAGGUCCCUGGCCAAACAGGAGCUGGAAAAGGUUUUGUCAGAAACUCCCCCAGUGUGGAGAGGGUCCUCCAAACUGUUCCGCAACCUGAGAGAACGAGGCAUCAUCUCAUACACAGAGUACCUGUUCCUGCUCUGCAUCCUGACAAAGCCCCAUGCUGGCUUCAAGAUUGCUUUCAAUAUGUUUGAUCAGACGGCAACAGGGGGAUGCAAGAGGGAGUUCUUGGUGCUUCAGGAGAUCUUCCGGAAGAAAAAUGAGAAGAAAGGGAGAAAAGGAGAUGCUGAGAAGUCGGCACAGUUGAGUAUGCAGCUCUAUGGAUAUCAGGUUGCCCCCAUGAACAGCGUGCUAAAAAAAGACAGUCAGGAGUUUGUGGCGCGGAGUUACUGGGACGUUCUGAGGCGAAGCGCCAGUCAAGUCCUCUUUUCUGACCUGGCGGAGGAUUUUACUCUCGAGCGUACAGAUGAGAGUAUCACAAUUGACACCACCCUGUUGGUCCAUUUCUUUGGGAAGAAAGGGAAGGCAGAGCUCACAUUUGAUGACUUCUACAGGUUUAUGGAUAACCUUCAAACAGAGGUGCUGGAAAUUGAGUUUCUGACCUACUCUAAAGGGAUGACCACCAUCAGUGAGGAAGACUUUGCCAAAAUCCUGCUUCGCUUCACCAAUGUGGAGAACAUCAGUGCCUACCUGGAGAAUGUCCGCCAGUGUAUACCUGACGAGAAGAAGCAGGAGGGAAUCACCUUUGAUGAGUUCAGAUCAUUCUUCCAGUUUCUCAACAACCUUGAGGACUUUGCCAUUGCAAUGCAGAUGUACAAUUUUGCUUCUCGCUCCAUUGGACAAGAUGAGUUUGCUCGAGCGGUGUAUGUCGCCACUGGGCUGAAGCUGACACGUCACCUUGUACACACCAUCUUCAAGAUCUUUGACGUGGAUCAUGAUGACCAGCUCUCCUACAAGGAGUUCAUUGGAAUAAUGAAGGAUCGGCUGCACAGGGGAGGCAGGGGUUAUAAAUCUCUGGAGCGUGCCACGUCUUUUAGAUCCUGUCUGAAGAGGGAGCUGGCAGGCAGCAGGUGAAGGGCCGACACUACAACUCCUUCUUCACUUGUGUUCGCUCUGGGGCCAGAAGACAAGUGCACCAGCUCUGGAAGAGGUACACAGAGAAGCCGUAGAGGAGGAGGGAGAAAAAAGGCAGAAAAUAACAUGAAGGAAAAAGUGUGAUGAUGGAAUAAAGUAAAACUUGAGCUCUGACUUUUCUAGCCAGUGGUGUAUGGUAACAUUGUAUUUUUUAAUGGCAGAUCUCCAUUCGACUUCCAAAGCAACUACAAUAACUACAAGCAUGCCUGCACACAGCUGACUGAUACUCUGCAUGAUGAUGAGCAUAUGUCCUGUUUUGGUUCCGGUUUUUCCAGUUGUCUUGAUCUGAUGCCAAAGUGCAUUACAAUUUAGAGUGUAUAUAAUAAAAAUUAGACUAUGACUUUACUCUCCAAGCAUGGCUCAACCUCAACAGUCAGUAGAACUGCAACUAAUGAUUAUUUCUCUAUUGGUUAAAUCUACCUUUUCAAAAAGCUGUACGAACAUUUUUAUAACAAUAGUAUAUAGCUAUAACUAAGCAAGUUACAGCAUGUUUAAAGUUUUACCAACCACAUUAUAUUUUAAAUUAUUAUUUUAAAUUAAUGAACAACAUUUUUCCAUUACUAAUUAAAACUAUAUAUAUAUGUGUGUGUGUUUUUAGGUAAGCAUAAUCAGCUGAACUGCUGCACUACAAACUUACAACUUUAAGAGCACAGCAGUAUUUAAAAAACAAAAAUCAGUUUGAAAAAAAUGAAUGAAGUCUUUUUUUAAAUCUAAUUAUCUAAUUUUUUUUUUUCUUACAUUUUGUUUGAUCUCAUCUAGCCAGUCGAGUUGAUGUGAUACUUUUGAUUGCGCUGAGAGAGUAUAUGAACACUCUUGCUACAGUAAGGAUGCUAUAUUAUCCUAAUAUACCUACCGCACCGAUUUAUUUGACAUUGGACGGGAUUUUGUAAUCUAGUAAUUGUAUCGUAAUUUCAAUAUUUGACAUGUCUUGAACCUGUUUUGUGUCUUAGUUGCAUGUAUGACAAUAUAUACUUUGUCUAUAUAUGACACAGAUGUCCACAUAGGUGCCUUCUUUCCAUUCCCCUUGUCAUCCGAAAAAUAGUUUCACAUUUUCAGCACAUAAUUUAGCACUAUGGAGCUUUUAACAGUAACAGAACUGCAAAACAUGUGCAUUGAUUGCAUUAUAUCUGUGAUUCAUCACCCAAUCUUUAAGGUUGUAAUAUAUUAUAAAUAAUUUAAUAUGAUUUUUUUAUGUCUUGGUGUGAAAUAUGGAAUAUAUUUUGAAUAUCAAGGAACACUAGACAUGAAAAAAUCGAAUGUUAUUCCUCAUAAUGUAAAUUAUUCUCAUCAUGUUGCAAUAAUUAAUGUAUUUGUCACCUCAGUGGAUCUGGUUGAUUAAUGUUCAUGCAUGAAUAAACUAUUUUGAGAAUACA